AUGGCAGAAUAUAAUAUGAAUGAUGAUGAGGAUAUGAUCAAUGGAAGUGAGGAAAUUGUUCAAGAGGAUGCAUGGACAGUUAUUAGUUCCUACUUUCAAGAAAAGGGUCUUGUAAGACAACAAUUAGAUUCCUUUGAUGAAUUUAUUCAAAAUACUAUGCAAGAUAUUAUCGAUGAAUCACCUCCAAUCACUCUCAAACCAGAAACUCAACAUCAACCUGGUCAAUCACAAGCUCAUAAUUAUACAACAUUUUCAAUUAAAUUUGGUCAAAUUUAUUUAUCUAAACCAACAAGUGAUAUUGAUGGUUUGACACAAUCGAUUACACCCAAUCAAGCACGUAUUCGUAAUUUAACAUAUUCAGCACCAUUGUAUGUCGAUAUUACCAAGACACUGACAACAAAGCAAUCGGUCGAGGAAGAGGCAUUGGAAAAGAUUUUCAUUGGAAAGGUGCCAAUCAUGUUGAGAUCGAAAUAUUGUAUUCUAUCUGGUGAUGGUGACACGAGUGACACUGAUUUGGCUAUGAUGGGUGAAUGCCCAUUUGACCAAGGUGGUUAUUUUGUGAUUAACGGCUCUGAAAAGGUGCUGAUUGCUCAGGAAAAGAUGUCACACAACCACGUCUAUGUCUUUAAAAAGACACCUCCCUCUAAAUACUCGUACGUUGCUGAAAUCCGUUCCUGUCAAGAGACUGGUAGCAGACCCACCUCGACAAUGUACGUCAAGAUGCUCCAAAAGUCGUCCAAGGGCCCAUCAGGUAUCAAGGCCACCAUCCCAUACAUCAAGAUGGAUGUACCCAUCGUCGUCAUCUUUCGUGCCCUCGGUUUUGUCGCCGACAAGGAUAUUUUGGAACACAUUUGCUACGAUUUCUCUGAUGCUCAGUUGAUGGACUUGAUGCGUCCCUCUUUGGAAGAAUCGUUUGUCAUUCAAAACCAAGAGGUUGCUCUCGAUUAUCUCGGUAAGCGUGGUAGCACCGUCGGAACACGUGACCAUCGUAUCAAAUUUGCUCGUGAAGUCUUGCAAAAGGAAAUGCUUCCUCACGUCUCGGUCGAAGAGUACUUUGAAACCAAAAAGGCUUACUAUUUCGGUUACAUUGUUCACAGACUCUUAUUGGCUGCCCUCGAACGUCGUCCACUCGAUGAUCGUGAUCAUUUUGCAAACAAGAGACUUGAUCUUGCCGGUCCACUUCUAGGUACACUUUUCCGUCAACUAUUCAAAAAAUUAACGAAAGAUGUUAGAAUGUGGUUACAAAGAUGUAUUGAUAAAGGAAAAGAAUUUACACCAAUUAGUGCAAUUAAACCAAAGACUAUUACAUCUGGCCUUAAAUAUUCAUUGGCUACUGGUAAUUGGGGUGCAGCUCAUUCAGGUGCUAGAGCUGGUGUCGCUCAGGUAUUGAAUAGAUUGACGUUUGCUUCGACCUUGUCUCAUUUGAGACGUCUCAAUACUCCCAUUGGAAGAGAGGGUAAGUUGGCCAAGCCACGUCAGCUCCACAACACUCAUUGGGGUAUCGUGUGUCCAUCCGAGACACCCGAAGGUCAAGCCUGUGGUCUCGUCAAGAAUUUGGCCAUGAUGGCCUAUAUUUCCGUCGGCAGUGCGUCCGAGCCCAUUUUAGAGUUUCUCGAAGAGUGGUCGACUGAAAACCUCGAGGAAAUCACCGAUCCGUCGUCCAUCUUAAACGCCACCAAGAUUUUCGUCAACGGUAUGUGGGUCGGUAUCAACAAGCAACCCGACCAUCUCCUCAAGACUCUCCGUACACUCAGAGGCUGUGGUGAUGUGUCUGUCGAAGUUUCAAUCGUUCGUGAUAUCCGUGAAAAGGAGAUCCGUCUCUACACCGACGCCGGUCGUUGUUGUCGUCCACUGUUUGUCGUACGUGACUCCAAGUUGCUCAUCAAAAAGUCGCAUAUCCAAAACUUGAUUGUCAACCCCGACUACAAGUGGAUGGAUCUCAUCACCAGCGGUCUCAUCGAGUACAUUGAUACCGAAGAAGAAGAGACUGUUAUGAUUGGUAUGAAUCCAAGUGAUUUGAUCCAAUCGCACACUGAAACCGUCACACACAACUACACACAUUGUGAGAUUCAUCCAUCGAUGAUUCUCGGUAUUUGUUGCUCGAUUAUUCCCUUCCCCGAUCACAACCAGUCGCCAAGAAACACCUACCAGUGUCUCAGCAUCGACGAGCAGGUCACCAUGGCCGACGGCAGCAAGCGUGCCAUCAAGGACGUCAAGGUCGGCGAGUACGUCGUCACCUUCCAUCCACAGACCAUGGUACAGAGCACCACCCGUGUUGUCAACCAAUACGUCCGUCCAACCGACAAGCCCAUCCGUCGCAUCACCACCGUCUCGGGCCGUGCCAUUACCGCCACCCACGACCAUCUUUUCAUGACCGAGCGUGGAUGGACGCCCGUCCACAAGUUUGAUCGUCAAACGACUACCCUUGCCAUCAGUUUGCUCAACCAGUCCUCCAAAUAUAACGAUUCACAACACCAACAAAUCGACGCAUCCCACCUCGUCUCUGCCAAGAACAAUGUCUUGGCCAAGCAAUUAAAGUCAAUGGGAUUGUUACCACUCAGUGGUCAGAAAUUAGAAAUUGUUGCAAAGAUGUAUGGUUACAUGACUUCGACAAAACAAGUCUCCUCUUCCGAACAACCAAUCAUUUUCUCUAGUAAAAUGUCAGCUAUUGAAUUUAAAAAUGAUUUGAUCAAUUUGGAUUUGAUUCAAGAAAAAAACAACAGCAACAACAAUUGUACAUUGAAAAAAUUAAAAGAAGGAAAAUUAAAGGGUCUAUGGUCAUUAGAGUUUGAAAAUCAAUCAACUUUGAUCAACCUCUUGUCAUCCUUGCAAGAUGGAUCAUCACAACAACAACAGGUUCCACAAUGGAUAUCCAACUCUUCAUCAAAAUCAAUCAAGUCUUCUUAUCUUUCGGCGUUGCAAGCUGGUGGAGAAAGUGGAACAUUAUACACUACAGACAAUCAACAUUAUAUUAAACAAAUUGAAUCAUUGUAUAAAGAUCUUUCAAUACAAGUAGAAAUCACCGAAUCUCAACAACAAUAUCAAAUCAAAUUAAAAUUACAACCACAAAAUAUCAUCAAUUACUUUACAACAAUUUCCACCGCCUACAAUUACAACAAAUUAAUAGAAAUUGGCCUUACCUCUGAAUAUCUCAGAUACCAACAAUUCAACAGCAACAACAAAUCAUCUGUUGUUUCACUCUCUGAAUGGAAAUCUACUGUCCAAGUCAAGGGUUACUCUGUGUUUGUACCAAUUGCAUCGAUUGACGAGAUGGACAACUGUUUGAUUGCCGAUAUCACCACUGAAUCCGAGAACCACUCGUUUAUUGGUGGAGACAACUUCCUCGUGCACAACAGUGCUAUGGGUAAGCAGGCUAUGGGAGUCUACAUUACCAACUACCAACUACGUAUGGAUACUAUGGCACAUGUGCUCUUUUACCCACAAAAGCCACUCGUUACCACCCGUUCCAUGGAGUACUUGCAUUUCAGAGAGUUGCCAGCCGGUCAAAACGUGUGUGUCGCCAUUGCCUGUUACUCUGGCUACAACCAAGAAGAUUCUGUCAUUCUCAAUCAAUCGGCCAUCGACAGAGGUAUGUUUAGAAGUAUGUUUUACCGUUCGUACAAGGACGAGCAAAAGAAGCAGACAUCAUUGAUGGAAGAGACCUUUGAAAAGCCCGAUCGUGAUACUACAGUCGGUAUGCGUCACGGAUCCUACGAAAAGAUUGAUGAAGAUGGUUUGGUUGCCCCAGGUAUCCGUGUCACUGGUGAUGAUAUUAUCAUUGGUAAGACCACCCCACUCCCACCACAAGAAGACGAGCUCGGUCCCAAGACACGUCGUCAAAGCAAAAAGGACAGUUCCACUGCUAUGCGUUCCUCUGAGAAUGGUGUUGUUGAUCAGGUUGUCCUCACCACCUCUGGUGAUGGUCUCAAGUUCACCAAGGUACGUGUCCGUUCCAUGCGUACCCCACAGAUUGGUGACAAGUUUUCAUCGCGUCACGGACAAAAGGGUACCUGUGGUAUGGCAUAUCGUCAAGAAGAUCUUCCAUGGACCGUCGAAGGUGUCGUUCCCGAUAUUAUCGUCAAUCCACAUGCUAUUCCAUCACGUAUGACUAUUGGUCAGUUGAUUGAAUGUCUGCUCGGUAAGGUGUCUGCCAGCACUGGUGAUGAAGGUGACGCCACACCAUUCACCGAUGUCACUGUUGAAGCCAUUUCCCAAGCACUCCACAAGAUUGGCUACCAGAUGACCGGUCAUGAAGUCAUGUACAACGGUCACACUGGUCGUAGAAUGGACGCUCAAAUCUUUAUCGGUCCAACCUACUACCAACGUCUCAAGCAUAUGGUCGAUGACAAGAUUCACUCUCGUUCCAGAGGUCCAGUCCAAAUUCUCACCCGUCAACCCGUAGAAGGUCGUUCCAGAGAUGGUGGUCUUCGUUUCGGAGAGAUGGAGCGUGAUUGUAUGAUUUCUCACGGUGCCGCUCAAUUCCUCAAGGAACGUCUCUUUGACCAAUCUGACAGUUAUCGUGUCCACAUUUGCGAUAUCUGUGGUCUCAUUGCCAUUGCCAAUCUCAGAAAGAACUCUUUUGAAUGCAGAAGAUGCAAGAACAAGACUCAAAUCUCUCAAGUUAAAAUCCCAUACGCCGCCAAAUUAUUGUUCCAAGAACUUAUGGCAAUGUCUAUUGCUCCAAGAAUGUUUACUUAA